AUGGCUCAAAAUCAGCCUCCACUGCAUUAUCCAGCAAUGCUAAAUUCCUACAUGAUUUACCAGAACCCUAUCCCAGGAACUAGCAAUCACCUACAGUUUGAACGGGACAGUGACAGUGCGAGUCCAAGUCCAAGUGAAUCCUCAAACCGAGGUGAAGAUCGCACCAAGUGCAGUAGCUGGUCAUUUACAGAGGAGAAAUACUUAAUUGCUGCCUAUAAGGAGUACUAUGAUAGACUAAAGUCCACAAAAAGUAGUCAAGGCAGGAAAAGCAUAUGGGAAGAUACUUUGAAGCUGUUUCAAAGUAUGUGCUUUGACAAUGGAGUGGAUUCUGAAAAAUCACUAGUGCAGUUAAAGGAGAAGUGGAUAAAUAAAAAAGUGUAUGUGACAACAACAAUCGCACGGGAAGGGAAUGGAAAACGUUCAAACACUAUGAAGACAUAGACGAAUUCAUGGCUUCAUCAGACAAAGUAAAUCCUAGAUUUGUCAAGGAAACGAAAGCCAACAAACAAGAUUGUAGCUGUGAUGAUACCGACAAUAUUUUGUCGACUGGAAAUCAAGAUUGUGGCAAGGAACCAGAGAAACGGCCAGCCACCACUGCUGAAGGCAAUAGUGAGGUUGCAGAGAAAACUGGAAAAAAUGGACAACAGGAGGAAAAAGGACCAAAAAGAAGAAGAAAAGGCCCAGCGGCAAUGACAUGGAGCUCGCAAUCCUUGACUUGA